ACAUCUCACUUUGCAAAGUCCUAAAUCAUUACUAUUAUCUUUAUAAGAAAGGGAAAUGUCUUAAAAAAAAUCUAUAUAUAAGAAAGGGAAAGUGUUUGAUUAAAGAUAUAUAAACCAAAAGCAAGGCCAUAUUUUCUUCCUUCCAAAACAAUAUUCACACAAAAAGCUUUGUCUUAUAACUUACAAAUUCUAUUAUUUCUUUCCCUUCAUUUUCUUCAUUCAUGGAAUCCUCAAAUUGGAUUCUCAUCAAACAUGUAUUCAUUUUCCUCUUUUUCUUCCUUAAUCCUUCAAUGUCCACAACUUUCUCUUCCACACCUAAGUCACCUUUGAACCUUGUUGUUUCACACACUAAAGCCAUACACCAAAAUUAUACUGCAUUAUCAGAUUUUAGAUUGAUAAAUAGAAGAAUUUUGACGGAUUGUUCUAGUUCAAAUCCUUAUGUUAAAGUCAAUAUCAGCUCAAAUUCUGGCUUGUCGGAUGACGAAUUUGUCACGGUUACGGUCACCGGAGUUUCGAAACCGAGAGAUGGUGAUUGGGUGGCUAUGAUUUCACCUUCAAAUUCCAAUGCUGAAACUUGUCUUUUGAAUGGAAUAUAUUAUCUACAAACUGGUGAUACUGCAAAACUUCCUCUGCUUUGCCAUUACCCUGUCAAGGCACAAUACUUGAAAAACGAUCCAGAUUACUUGAGCUGCAAAAACAAAGAAUGCAAGAAAGAGCAAAAUGGGAAAUGUAGUGUGACAACUUGUACUGGUUCAUUAGAGUUUCAUGUGAUCAACAUUAGAAGUGACAUAGAAUUUGUGUUAUUUUCUGGUGGAUUUCUUAAUCCAUGUCUUGUUGGAAGAUCCACUCCUGUUGGUUUUACUAAUCCUAAGAAGCCACUUUAUGGACAUCUCUCAAGCAUAGAUUCAACUUCCACAUCAAUGAGAUUGACAUGGGUUAGUGGAGACAAGGAACCUCAGCAAGUCCGAUAUGGAGAUGGGAAAACAAUUACUUCAGCAGUCACUACUUUUUCACAAGCUGAUAUGUGCAGUUCAGCACUACCUAGUCCUGCUAAGGAUUUUGGAUGGCAUGACCCUGGAUACAUCCAUUCAGCACUUAUGACAGGACUUAAGCCAUCAACUGCCUACUCCUACAGAUAUGGAAGUAACUCGGUUGAUUGGAGUGAACAAAUCAAAUUUUCAACUCCGCCUGCUGGAGGAUCAGAUGAGCUCAAAUUCAUUUCAUUUGGUGAUAUGGGCAAGACCCCUCUUGAUGCUUCAGAAGAACACUAUAUUCAGCCUGGAGCUCUAUCAGUUAUCAAAGCUAUAGCUAAUGAAGUGAGCACUAACAAUGUAAACUCAGUAUUUCACAUUGGAGACAUAAGCUAUGCAACUGGUUUUCUAGCAGAAUGGGAUUUCUUCUUGCACCUUAUUAAUCCAGUAGCUUCAAGAGUUUCUUACAUGACAGCAAUUGGGAACCAUGAGAGGGAUUAUAUAGAUUCUGGUUCAGUUUAUAUUACUCCUGACUCGGGCGGUGAAUGUGGAGUACCUUAUGAAACAUACUUUCCGAUGCCAACUUCAGCAAAGGAUAAGCCUUGGUACUCUAUUGAACAAGCAAGUGUUCAUUUCACAGUAAUAUCAACUGAGCAUGACUGGUCAAUAAAUUCUGAGCAGUAUGCAUGGAUGAAAAAGGACAUGGCAUCAGUUAAUAGACAACAUACUCCUUGGCUAAUCUUCAUGGGACAUAGACCAAUGUACACUUCCAACAAUGGAUUUUCAUCUAAAGAUAAAAACUUUAUCAAUGCUGUGGAGCCUUUGUUGUUAGCGAAUAAGGUUGACUUGGUCCUUUUUGGCCAUGUGCAUAAUUAUGAGAGAACUUGUUCUGUUUAUCAGAAUAAAUGCAAAGCCAUGCCUAUAAAAGAUAAAAAUGGUGUAGACAUAUAUGAUAACAAAAAUUAUAGUGCUCCUGUACAUGCUGUCAUCGGCAUGGCCGGUUUCUCCUUAGACAAAGUCUCAAACAAUGCUGAUAGCUGGAGUCUUAAAAGAAUUUCUGAGUUUGGUUAUUUAAGAGCACAUGCUACUAGGAAUGAUUUAAACUUAGAGUUUGUGACAUCAGAUACAAAAGAAGUUAAGGAUAGUUUCCGCAUUACAAAGUGAAAGCGCAAUCAAAGAUAAAGAGAGAAACAAACAAAUACAGAAUUUUAGAAGGUCUAAUAAAGAUCAAGACAGAAAAACAAAUACAAACAUAUAUAUAAUAUUGAAAUGCAAAGGAAAUAUCUAGAGACAUUUGAUUUGAAGAUGAACAGCAUUUUGGUUUAUUCUUUGUACUAUUUUGUUACAAAGAAUUACCUAUAGACAAUAUAUUAUUGUUACUGCUACCUUUAUUUCUUAUCAAUAUAUCAGGAUCAAUAUAAA